AUGGCCGAUCGCAUAGUAUGCGAUCAUGUUUCCUUCCCUUCCUCCCCAGAAGCGACCACUCUCCUGAGGCUGGCACAACCAGGUGUGGGCGGCACCCCCUUCCCCUCGCUGGCCCCACCCAUCACAAUGCAGGUGGAUGGGAAGCAGCAGGUGCUGGUGGUCUGCCUGGUCCUCGAUGCCGCGCCCCCUGGCCUUGAGAGCCCCAUCUGGUUCUCAGCUGGCAACGGCAGCGCACUGGACGCCUUCACCUACGGCCCUUCCCCAGCUGCAGAUGGCACCUGGACUAGCGUGGCCCAGCUCUCCCUGCCCUCGGAGGAGCUGGCAUCCUGGGAAACCUUGGUCUGUCACACCGGGCCUGGGGCUGGGGAUCACAGCCAGAGCACACAGCCCCUGCGGCUGUCAGGAGUGACUUCCUCAGCGAGGACCUGCCUCUGGGAACCUCUUGGGGGUGAGUACUGGGGGCCAGGCCCUGAGGUGCUGCUGGGCUCUGGCCUGAUGGGUCCUACUGGGGGUUGGGAGGUGUUCCCUGAGGAGGCGGUCUGGCUGGGUUGGUGCACUGGCCAGCCUGGGCCUCUGUCCACCGGUGGGUAAGAUCUCUGACCCCAGCCCAGUGCCUGGACACCAGUUGAGAAGCACAGGUGAGCGCUAGCAGAAGGGCCGUGAACUUCCCCGGGGCAGCCCGGUGAGCGGUCAGCCUCAGAGCCUCGGGAGACCCCUGGGAGUCUGGGGAGAGGUCACUUCCACCACCCGCUGGCCAUGGUCACCAGUCCGGUCUCUUCCUGGCCGAAUGAGACUUCUGAGCUGGCUCCUCUCUGCAGCGAUGCUGGCUCCUGCCUGGCCUGCAUCCCCCUGGCUUGGGGGGAAUCUAAUAAAAUGAAGGUUAGGCAGGUAUUUGUUAGGACCAGGAAGGGUUGAGGGUAGACCCCAGGAAGGACUCCCCCUGAAUUUGGGGGAAGACAGGGAGGAGGAAUGGCCAGGGCAGAGGACAAGGCCCCUCCUCCCGGGCGGCCAUUCGCGGGGGUGGGUGCGCCAGGAGCCCCGG